AUGCCACAACCUACAGCAAAUUGGAGUGCAACAGUUGGUAACCGAUUGAUAUUCGAACAUCAACAACUACAUAAUGAGGCACAACAGACAGAUGUGCAAAUUACUAUUGAUCGCCUCAAUAAUGGACAACAAACUGCUUAUAACGCAAUCACCUCUUCAGCCUUUGAAAGUAAAGGGACUAUUUUCUUUUUGAAUGGCGGUGCUGGAACGGGGAAAAAAUUUUUGUACAAUACGAUUGCAUUAAAAUGUCGCAACCUUGUCCAUAUUGUUGUUGCCGUGGCUUCAUCUAGAAUUGCAUCAUUGCUAUUAGUAGGAGGUCGCACUGCACAUUCAACAUUUUCCAUUCCAUUGGAUGUCUUGGAAAAUUCAGUUUGUGGGUUUAGCAAGCAAUCAUUACAGGUUGAAUUGUUUAGAAAAACAAAAUUCAUAAUUUGGGAUGAAGUUCCUAUGCAACAUAGACAUUGUGUUGAGGCGAUUGAUCGCACACUUCGAGAUAUUUGUGAUUGUGAAAAGCCAUUUGGGGAUUUGAAUAUGCCCUUGAAUCAUGCAAACCUUGGAAAUGCUAUUUUUGCAAAAUUCUUGACGAAGGUUGGAACCAAUCCGCAAGAAAUCAUUAAAAUUCCAUCAACAAUACACAGAUGCCAGGAUAUAAAGGAAUUACUCUCAGUAGUUUAUCCACAAUUGGAUGUGGCAGAUACAUCAACCCCAUCAUUCUUAACGGAACGUACAAUUCUUUCUGCACGAAAUGAUGAUGUCAGUGCUAUCAAUAUUGCUGCGUUGAAUAUUUUUCCAGGGAAUACAUAUACGUAUCUUGCUGCAAAUAAGAUGGCUGAAGAUGAUGAAAUUGAUCCUUCCAUUACAAACGGAUAUCCUAAUGAGUUUUUAAAUUCAUUGGAUCCUCCUGGGCUACCAGCUUUUAAGGUAGAGUUGAAAGUGGGUUGUCCUAUAAUGUUAUUAAGAAACAUUGCACUGAAAGAUGGACUGUGUAAUGGCACAAGAUUGAUGGUAUCAAGGUGCGACACUCGCAUAAUUGAAGCUCGAAUCUUAACUGGAGAGAAGUUUGGCAAUUUGGCAUUUAUACCAAGGAUAUCAUUGACUCCGUCUUCUGCAGAAAUGCCUUUCAGAACGACAAGACGUCAAUUUCCAGUUCGAUUGGCAUACGCUUUGACCAUUAACAAAUCUCAAGGACAAUCUGUGAAAUUUGUUGGGGUUGAUUUGCGUACACCUGUUUUUAGUCAUGGGCAACUAUACGUGGCAUUAUCCAGAUGCACAUUUUUCGAUAGUAUAAGUAUCCCCCUCCCUAAUGAUGAGCCAGAUUCCACUACAAAUAUUGUUUACCCUGAAGUUUUGUUAUGA